CCAAGUAGGAAUUUCUUGAAGUUUUUUGAACUUUUCUUUAGUUCUUGAAGAUUUUCCGUUCCCGUAAACCUUCAGUUCUUUAACCUUUUCUUUAGUUUUUUUUUUUCCUACUUUUCCUUUUCUUUUUUUACCAUUAAAAGUUAUUGAGCGUGUAGUGGUAUUAUCUGAACGGAAAAAGCAAGGGAGAUCAGGAAAUGGCAGAAAUGCAGAAAUUAGUGAAGUUGUUGAACCCUUGGGCUCUCCACCAUCAGAAACUGGGUCUUGAGCUCAAAUGCCCUCUUUGCCUAAAUUUGCUGAAUAAACCAUUGUUGUUGCCCUGUACUCACAUUUUCUGCGAUAUUUGCGUCCCUAGAUCUAACCAAUUUGGAACAGAGUGCCCUGCUUGCAAAAAUCAGUGUCCUGAUGGAGAUAUAAGAUCAGCUCCUUACAUGGAGAACUUGGUUAGCAUCUACCGAAGUUUGGAUGCUACUUUUGCUAAUAUCAGCCUUCAGAUUCUAUCUUCUGAGCAAGCACUGCCACAUGUUGCUCCACAAAUUGUUGAUAAAUUAAAAAAAGAGCUGAGUGAAACACCUGAGGGUGGAGUAAUCAACAGUGCAAUAACCAAUAAAGCUGCUAUGUUAAGUAAUGCUCACAAUAAAGAUGUAUUGCAGUCUUGUGGUAAGAAGGGAAGUGAUGAGGUGCUUGAGACUGAAGAAAUAGAUAUGAAUCAGGUGCCUCAACUUUCACCGGAGAGCCCUCCUUCAUUUGGUGAUGUGAAAGAUAUGGAUGGCAACACUAGCUUGCCAGGCAGCAGAUGUGGGACCACGGAGAAAUGUAAGACCAAAAUAAUAAUGGACAGCUGUAUGUUAGACACACCUGGAGGAGGUGUCGUGGACCAAGGGACUAUCCAGAAAGGGACUCCUUAUACAAGGGAUGCAAAGAGACAAAAGAUGUUGGAUUAUGGUUCAUCUGCAACUGUUGUGAUGGGUAAUUGCCUCACUCAAAAAGUUGACUCUUCCUCAAAUGGUGCAAUCUCCAACUGCAAUUUGGCUGUGAAACCUGAAGAGCAGCCCUGUAUUGCUCAGCCAACACCAGUCUCAAAUUCAUCUGAUCUGGAAAGUGUUUGUGCCUUCUGUCAUUCCUCCAAGCUGACUGAUGGAACGGGUCCCAUAUUGUACUAUGCUAAUCGAAAGGAAGUGUAUGGAGAAAAGUCUGCUCUUUCCAAUGUUACACCUGUUCAUAGCAAAUGCAUCGAGUGGACACCUCGAAUUUAUUUUGAAGGGGAAACUAUAAAAAAUUUGGAGUCCGAGUUGGGAAGAGCUGCUAAGCUCAAAUGCAGUAGCUGUGGGCAGAAGGGUGCUGCACUUGGCUGCUUUGCCAAGUCCUGUCGCAGAACUUAUCAUGUCCCUUGUGCAUUUGCGAUUCAAGAGUGCAGAUGGGAUUGUGAAGAUUUCCUAAUGCUGUGUCCAAGUCAUAACUCUUUUAAAUUCCCAAGAGAGAAAUCAAAGUCUCAGAAGUCUUCUACUGGAUUGAAGCACAACACCAUGUCCAAUGAAACGCUGUUUACAAAUUCGGAGUUUUGGGCAACCUUACCUUCUGGACGAAAAGAGUGGGUUUUCUGUGGAUCUGCUCUGUCUUCGGAGGAGAAGUUUAUUCUUGUCAAGUUUGCUACUAUGUGUGGUGCUACUGUAUCCAAGCUUUGGGAAUCGAAUGUCACACAUGUAAUAGCAGCAACAGAUAAAAAGGGUGCUUGCACCAGGACAUUGAAAGUUCUGAUGGGAAUAUUGAAUGGAAAGUGGAUCCUUACAAUGGAUUGGGUAAAAGCUUGCACAGAAGCAAAACAUCCUGUUAAUGAAGAACCUUAUGAAGUUAACUUAGACAACCAUGGAUGUCUCAAUGGCCCAAAAACUGGCAGACUAAGGGUCUCAAAUAAUGAGCCAAAACUUUUUGAUGGCUUGAAAUUUUAUUUCAGUGGGGAUUUUGUGCCAGCUUACAAAAUCGACCUGUUGGAUCUGGUUAGGACUGCAGGAGGUACCAUACUUGAGAGUGCGGAACAGUUAAUGGUACAGAGCCUCGAACAAACAACUUUCCACGAAUGUUUAGUUGUUUAUAAUAGUGAUGCCACACGAGCAUGUGCAAUCGAAGAAGAAAUUUCAGUCAUUUCACGGAGGUUAGAAGAAGCUGCUAAUGCGGCGAAAGAAACUAAUUCACCUGUUGUUCGACAUACAUGGAUUUUGGAAUCAAUUGCUGCAUGCAAGUUGCUACCUCUGCCUUGUUAAAUGCUGAAUCAGUGAAUUUUUUGUCUGCUGAAAAGCAAGAAACUAACUUUAGAGCUCAGUGCCUUGUAUAUUAAUUUAUCUAUUUUGGUGGUGCUCAGAGUGGUAGCAAUAUCUUCCGUUUGUAAUACUGGAAAAUAUGCAGGAAGUAGAAGACAGUAUGUAAUUCCAGUAUGAUACAGUUUCAAUUGUUAAAGAGUUAAUUUGGGAUGCAGAGAUGAGCAUUAACAGUAUUCUGUUUAA